AUGUCGGGCUUCGUUCGCCGUCUCGGGGGCAUCCCGUGGCGGAGCAUCGCGGGGGACGCCCUCUCCCGCGUGUUCCUGGUGGCGCAGGCCUACUGCGCCGUCCACGUCGUCGACCAGCACCUCUGCUCGCUCGCCAUCGUGCGGGGCCCCAGCAUGCUGCCGGCCAUGAACCUGGCGGGCGACGUGGUGGCGGUGGACAGGGUCAGCGCGAGGCUCGGCCGGGUCGCGCCCGGGGACGUCGUGCUGAUGAUCUCCCCCGAGGACCCGCGCAAGUCGGUCGCCAAGCGCGUCGUCGGGAUGGGAGGGGACUCCGUCACCUACCUCGUCGAUCCCGGCAACAGCGACGCCUCCAAAACCGUCGUGGUACCACAAGGUCAUGUUUGGGUGCAGGGCGAUAAUGUUUAUGCUUCUAGGGAUUCAAGGCAAUUUGGAGCCGUGCCUUAUGGUCUCAUUACAGGGAAGAUCUUUUGCCGGGAGGCUGGUGCAAUCUCUGGAGCCAAUAUUUUGCUUUAUGCAUGGCCCCAUAAGUUGGGACACAAGCAACUAGCAAUUGUUAAAUUUGCAGAAAAGGACAAAGUCGCACCUUUACUCUGCUGCUGUGUGCAUGGUUAUAUUGAUGUUAAGUUUUGUAAAUUAUAG